AUGGCAUUCUUUGAUCGCUUUAACCUCUAUGAUGACCUAUACAGCCACGAGCAGAAGCUUCUACGAGCCUGUAGCCAGAUCGAGGUUCUCAGCAAGCGUCUGAAGGAUCUCAUGAAACGUUACGUCAUUGUGAAAGAUUGCGACGUCAUCAGCCAUUCUCACAUGCUGAAAUAUCGCAUGUCUAUUGUCCAAGGGGUUUUGGAGAUGUACAUCCGGUUCGCUCAGCGGAAGAAGCGCGUGGUUAUGCGAAUGCGUUCGGCUCUCUACGGUGAAGCCAAUCCUGAGGCAGACGACAGCGAUGAAAGCGACAGCGAAAGCAAUGAAUCAAGCGACCACGAUGAAAGCGACAAUGAUAGCGAUGAAUCAAGAGACCAUGAUGAAGGCGACAUCGAUAGCGAUGACUUAAGUGACCAUGAUGGAAGCGAUGGCGAGGCAGAUGAACACGAGAAUGCAGACUUGUAA